UUUUACCAACAUCUUUUGUGCGUAUUUUAGUUGCAAACUUUAUUGCUCCGCGUUCUUCCUUUCUCUGUGUUUGUUUGUUUCCAGUUGCCACUAACCAGCCAGAGCCCCGGGGGGGAGAAGAGCGAGAGAGGAGGAGAAAUCUUGCAGCAAUCCCUCGCUUAGAUUCGCCAUUACCGCCGCUUUUGUUCCCACCAAGAUUACCACCCCCUCCUCCUCCUGUGCUCGAGCGCUCGCAUCGCAUUUCAGGCUGCUUCUUGAUUCUGCGAGGAGGUUGAAAUCUCUCGUGAUUGCAACAGCUGCCAUCCGUUCGUUCCGGUGGAGUGCACCCCUUCAUCACCAAGGAGGAGAAAAAGCUGUAAUCUUCGGCCGUUUCUGCCUUUCUGCAGCAAACGGUUGAAGAAAAGCCGCGUCUUUUGGGCGGAUUUCGCGGAGGCCGCUUGAGGUUUUUAGGCGUGGUUCGUGUGAGCUUCUCUUUGGAAUUUGUGGGGGAAAGAGUGAGGGAGGGAGGGAGCUCAGUGGGAGAGAUGGAGGGGAAUUUGCCGCCGAGAGGAGCCCUUGUCCAUGGCCAUGGCGGCGGCGUCGGCGCCUUCGAUCUGGAGGCGACGAUGCAGCCGCCGCCGCCGUUCCACUUCGCCCAGGAUCCGCACCUCCACCACCACCAGGGCAUGGUCCCCGUCCGCGGGAACCCGAUGCUGGAUUUGGGCAAUGUGGUCAAGACCUCGCCGAGCGACGAGGAGGACGUGGAUGACGGCCACCACCAUGGUGGCGGCGGCGGCAGCGGUAAGGAGGCCUCCCAGUGGCACCGGGUGAAGUGGAUCAGUGGCAUGGUCAAGCUGCUGGUGUCCGCCGUGGCCUACAUCGACGAGGACGUCGACAUGGACUACGGCACGGGCAGCGCCGCGAGGAGGAAGCACGCCAUGCUGAAGAGGAAGGGGAAGUGGAGGCUCGUCUCCGCGGCGAUGACCGAGAGGGGCUUCCCGGUGUCGCCGCAGCAGUGCGAGGACAAGUUCAACGAUCUCAACAAGAGGUACAAGAGGAUGACCGAGAUCCUUGGCCGGGGAACGGCGUGCCAGGUCGUCGAGCACCCCGAGCUUCUUGAAGGGAUGCGGCUCUCGGGAAAGCUCAAAGAGGAGGCUAGGAAGCACCUGAACUCAAAGCAUCUGCACUAUGAGGAGAUGUGCUCGUACCAUAACAGGAACAAAAUGUGUCUGUUUGAUGAUCCCGCCCUUCAGAAGUCAUUGCGUUUGGCGCUUAGGAGUGGAGAGGAGCAUGCAAAGAAGAACCCGUUUGGGUAUGAUGAUGAGGAUUUUUCUGACGAUGACGACGAAGAUGAAGAAUUCGAUGAUCUGGAGGUCAGCGCUGAAGAUCAUCACCAUGGAAUUCAUGGUGCCAAGAGGCUGAAGCAUGAUCAGGAGGAGACGCAUUUUGGGUCUAAUCUGUCAGAAGUUGCUGUUAUUGACAUGAACAAAAUGCUCUCUGAGGGAUCUGGUGGUCCAACUGCUGAAAAGAGUCCCUCUACCCCUGGUAUGCGUGAUAUUCGACUUGAAAAACGCCGCCUGAAGAUCAAAGCUCAGAUGCUGAAAAUUGAGCAGAAGCAUUUCAAGUGGCUGAGGUUCAGCAAGGAGAAGGACAGGGAAUUGGAGAAGAUGAGACUGGAGAAUGAAAAGAUGAAACUGGAGAAUGAGCGGUUGGAAUUGGAGCUGAAGCUUAAAGAAAUAGAGAUGGGUAUCAAACCAAAGAAGAUUUUUAGUGAUUGAAGCCUUGGAAUGAUAGAACUAGAAAUGGUUAGAGUUGCUGGUGAUCCUUUUGUCUUUUGCAGGAGCUUGCAGAUUUAGGGUCUUAUAUAUACAUUGAUCUGUGCCCCUGUUUGAAUUUUACCUUAGCUAACUGCAAUCGGUCAAGUGAAUGGCUAUUCCAGUUGUUAAGUGUUUAAACUUGGUACUAGUUGGCCUUUCAAAUGAUAAAUGUUUAAGCCGUCCUUGUACAUGCCUGCUGUUAACUUUCUGCAGUUGUUUGUGUGUUGCUAUUGACCUCUGAGUCUUUUUU